UAAAUAAACAAAUCCGACGAGAAUGGCCAAGAAGAAGAAGGGUAAGAAGGGCAAAGGCAAAAAGCCAAAGGUCAAUUGCACCAUUCCCAUCGAUGACAACAAGCUGAAGCCAAUGAAUCCGCGAGUGGUCGACUGUUGUGACUGCAAUGAGUGCGUGGAAUGCAACCCGUGCUGUCAGUGUCAAUGCGAUUGUCAAUGCGAUUGUAGUCCCGAAAUACAGCCCUGCUUCAUUGCGCCCACGCGACCGGAUCCAGGUCCCGAGGCAUACGAUGAGUUUGAGGCAUGCCUCAAUGGCAGCGGCCUAACCAUACGUGUCUUAAAGAACACCCACAAGGUGGAGAGUGUGGACGAUGGUGCCAUGGGUGCGCAUAACUUUACUGCCGAUGACGAUCCCUGCUAUAAGGACAGCCUAGAGGAUUGCGAGUCCGACAAGUGCUUGCACGAUAUGAUGCAACGCAGCGCCUUUGCCAGAAAACACAUACAGCGACGCGUCGGAGGCAAGAUCAUCAAUCAUCCCAAGAUACCCAAGGUGCGGGCCAACAUCAAGUACUCUGGUAACGAUACCUGCGACACGGACAACUUUUACGUGCCCUUCUCCAAAAUCAAAGAAGCAUGUGAGAACGAGACCGCCAAGGUAGAUUGCUACCGCUCACGUAUCUGCGAUCAGAAUGAAGCCAAGGUCGAUUGCUAUAAGCAACGCCUAUGCGGUGGUGGACUCGGCUCAGGCGCGCCGUGCAUACCGGCGAUACCGCCAACGCCAAACCAACGCAACUGCUGUAUGCAGGUGGAGGCCAAGGACAUAAAGGACACCAUGAAGGGCGUCAAUCUGGAUACGCGACAAAAGGGCAUUGAGGUCUGCUAUAAAACCUGCGAGGAAACAGACAGCGAUGUGUUCCUGGUCAAGCUGGGCAGCAAGUCCAAGUCGCAGUACAAGAAGAAUACAAUUGAGAUAGAACUACGCACACCCAAGCAGCCGGUGACACUGCCCAUGAGCAAGGUAACAACUGAGACCUACGUGACGGAGGCGCUGCUAGGCGCCACCGGCGGUGGCAAAAAGAAAGGCAAGAAGGGUAAGAAAGGCAAAAAGGGAAAGGGCAAGGGUAAGAAGAAGUAAACGCUACUCCAAGAACCAUUUGCCAUGACCCUGAAGCACAACCUGAAUUCUUCCCACUAGACUCGUUCAAGCAUAAAAUUCGUAAUGUACUUUGAAAACUGCUUAACUGAUUAACUGCAGUAUAGGUUACAAGCAAACUUUAGUCUUUGGACUUGUGUCAGUUUGUAGAAGCAACAAAUACAUGCAUGCAGUUGAUAAAAUAAAUGUACAAUACUGGAUUAACUUUAAA